UUGGGCAAAAUGCAUCACAUUUGCACAGUAUCCUUCCUCAAAAAACGCCCUUAGCAGAGUAGGAACAAAUCUGGAUUUCUCCAAAUUAUUUUCCAGAUCAAGAUCAUCUUCAGAAGCAAACAAUGACUUCUUCGGCAAAUCGGUGCUAAUGGCAUACAUUAAUCUGUAGUCAUCAGGAUUGCUUCGGCAAAUGCGCUGAACGUUUUGUGGUUUUAGUCAUCGCUGCUGUAUAGCUACAGAGCAUAAGGAAUGUUGGGAUUCCAGAAAAGAAGAUUAUUUGGUGUUCUUUCAGCGCCAGUUAUUGUAGCAGUUGUGUGCUGUGCGCAGAGCGCCAAUGAACCCGGGAAUAUGUCUUUUGUCAAAGAGACAGUGGACAAACUGUUAAAGGGAUACGACAUUCGCCUUCGACCAGACUUUGGGGGGGCCCCGGUUGCUGUUGGCAUGAGUAUAGAUGUGGCGAGUAUCGAUAUGGUAUCCGAAGUCAAUAUGGACUACACAUUGACCAUGUACUUCCAACAAUACUGGAGAGAUAAACGGCUGGCUUAUGCAGGCAUACCAUUGAACCUAACGCUCGACAACCGUGUGGCAGAUCAGCUCUGGGUCCCAGACACGUACUUUCUGAACGACAAGAAGUCCUUUGUGCACGGCGUCACAGUGAAAAACCGGAUGAUCCGGCUCCACCCCGACGGCACAGUUCUCUACGGCCUGAGGAUCACCACGACAGCUGCUUGCAUGAUGGACCUGCGGAGAUACCCACUGGAUGAACAGAACUGUACCCUGGAAAUUGAGAGCUAUGGCUACACAACAGAUGACAUUGAGUUUUACUGGAAAGGGGGAGAUAGUGCUGUGACUGGGGUGGCCAGAAUUGAGCUACCUCAGUUUUCAAUCGUGGCUUACAAGCUGGUCUCCAGAAACGUCGUUUUUUCAACAGGAGCCUACCCACGACUGUCUCUGAGUUUCAAACUGAAGAGAAACAUUGGAUACUUCAUUCUGCAGACAUAUAUGCCCUCCAUUUUGAUCACCAUCUUGUCUUGGGUGUCAUUCUGGAUCAAUUACGACGCCUCUGCUGCUCGAGUGGCUUUGGGUAUUACGACUGUGCUCACCAUGACAACCAUCAACACGCACUUGAGGGAAACACUACCCAAGAUCCCCUAUGUCAAAGCCAUCGACAUGUACCUGAUGGGUUGCUUUGUCUUUGUCUUCUUGGCCUUGCUGGAGUAUGCUUUCGUCAACUAUAUCUUCUUCGGAAGGGGGCCUCAGAUGCAGAAGAAGCUGGCAGAAAAAGCAGAAAAGGCCAACAACGACCGUAAUAAAUAUGACAGCAACAGGUCUGGUCUGGAAGGAGGCAAUUGCAAGCCGUCAUCCAUUAAACAGUCCAAUCAGGUUCAAGGUCAUCGGCACUCACGAGCGGUUGACGCCCAUGGGAACAUCCUGUUGACGACCCUGGAGAUCCAUAACGAGGUUGCGGGAAAUGAGAUCACAACCAGUGUGACAGAGACCAGGAACUCCUCCUCCAUGGCGUUCGACAACUCAGGAAUCCAGUACAGGAAACAGAGCAUGCCCAGAGAGGCAGGCCGGCACAGCCUGGACAGGAAUGCACAGCUGAAGAAGACACGCCUGCGCAGGAGGUCCUCGCAGCUCAAAAUCAAAAUCCCUGACUUGACGGACGUGAACGCCAUCGACAGAUGGUCGCGAAUCAUAUUCCCUGCUGCGUUUUCACUCUUCAAUUUAAUCUACUGGCUUUACUACGUGAACUAAGCUGCAAGAUGGGGACUUUUUUGUGUAAAAAAAACAAACAAAAAAAACAUUCUAUAUAUGAUACUAAGGACAUAAUUUUUCACCCUCUUUGUCAACAUUUUUAUACUCGCAAUCUUACUCAAAGUAGGAUUCUGGCAGUUUAGAAACUUUCACACAAAAAUAAUUUUUUUGUAAAGGACUAUUGUAUAAAUAGAUGCCCUCUGACGUCCAUAAUCACAGGGACUGCAUGAAUAAUGUAAUCAAAACCUUUCACUUCCUCUAUAAUACCUGUAACCUGAUCAAUAUGAUAUAGACUUCAGUAACAAUAGCAUUACAUAGUGAUGUUUUUAUUAUAAAAAAAUGAAAGCAUUAUUAUGUGAGUACUGCACAGUACUGUUACAAAACAUGAAAAAAGCCUCAAUACAGAAGUGUGGGUUGGAAUAAAGUUUUACUGAUUAUUUAAGUUGUACGUCAUGUAAAACAACUUUCGCCACAGAGCUGUCCAUGCAUAUAAACAUAAUAAGUUGUACAUAACCCUUGCUACAAUCGUACACAGAAAUUUGGUCACAUUUUGUCAAAAAGCCCUUUACAGUUAAUAUAUUGGUGAACAGAAGUGAAGCUGAUCUCUAAAUGGUACACAGUUAAAUAUGACUUCUUCUUUUAAAACAAGAUUACUUUUUAUUAAAAUUUUUUACAGUUUAAAAAUAAUUUUUUUAAAAGGACAAAGGCCCUCUGGCAACUAUAACAGCUUGUAAAUGCUUCCAGUAGCCAGCUAAGAGUCUUUCGACUCUCACUUUUGGAAUUUUUCAGAUCCCUUCACAGAUUUUCAAUAAUAUUGAAGUCUGGGGAAUGUGGUGGCCAUUCCAAAACCUUCAUCAGUCUUUCCUGGAGGUACUUCAUUGCUGAUUUUGAGGUAUGCUUGGGAUCAUUGUUUUGAUUCAAUACCAAACCUCAUUCAACUUCAACUUCAAUGGCUGGACUGACCUUUGAGCAUUAGCCUCUAGAAUUUAUUCAUAUUUGGUGGAAUCCAUUUUUCCUUCCACUCCCACAAUAUUUCCUUUGCCCCCAGCUGCCACACAACUAAAAAAACAUAAUGGAUCCAUCUCCAUGCUUAACAGUUGGCAAGGUGUUCUUGUCUACAAAGGCUUCACCCUUUUUUCUCCAAAAAGAUACCUUCUUUGAUGGUAUCAAUUUUGGUUUUGUCAGUCCAAAGCACAUUGUUCCAAAAGGCUCCAGGCUUCUCAAUGUUUUCUUAUAUAUACUUCAGAUGUUUCAUUUUGUGAUGAGUUGUAGGAAAUGCUUCUUUCUGGCAACUGUGCCAUGUAGAUCUUUGUUGUUUAAAGUAUGUUGUAUUGUUGUCCUGUGAACAGCUAUACCUGUCUCAGCUACUUUUUUUGCAGCUCUUUUGCAGUGGUGUGUGGGUUUUUCUGAGCAUUUUUUGAGCCAUUAUAUCUGAACAUUUUCUUAGUCUUCCAGACCUUGCCUUGACUUCAACUGUUCCAUUUAUCUACCAUUUUAUCUAGAAUGCCUUCUCCUUCUUGGUGGAAAUGAACCAUCCUCAUUCUUCCAUCAUUGGACAUCUGUUUUUGAGGAACCCAUGGUUGUUAACACCAGACAGAACAGCCAAUGCAGUUGGAUACUUUAGAAGUCAUAGAGUUACUUCAGAAUAAAAAAAGUUCAGCCUUGGAAUUAUAUUCACCUGACACAUUGAAGCCCUAAGGAGUAAAUCACCUGAGGCUUGGCCUUAGUAAUCAUCUUUUUAAAAAGUAACAAAGAAUAAUCCAAAAGGGUUCCAAACCUUUUGCACCGGGCCCUUUGCCUUUCUAUAAUUUAUAAACAGUAAAUACAGUCUUGCUGUGAAAUUUGCAGAAAGGGUUCAUGUUUAACUCCGUAAUAUUUACAGUUCAGUUUUGCUUCUGUUCACCAAGAUAUAAUUCCAAAAUGUUUUUUUACAGGGGUGCAGACAUUUUUGCAUACGACUGUAUAUCCAUUAAGUAUUAUUAGCACAUGUACAGUAUAAAUACAGUAUUUGCCUUUCGGUAAAGAUAUGAUUUUCAUGGGCAAACUAUUCUAAACUUUUAUUAUAAAGUGCUACUGUACAUGCUAUUUUGCUUUUGUAUUUUUUACAGCACACUCCUUACCAUGAAGGGAUGGCAUCAAAAGUUAAACGCUGGUUAUGAUGAAAAUACUUUUGCUUAAAACAACCUGACAUCUGACAAUAUGAAAGAAGCUAAUGUUAAUUUACAGUGUUCUAUGAUGAUUACAUGAAGAUACAAGUACAAAGUUAAUUUAUGCUUUUAAUCAGUAUUGUAAAUUGUCUAAAAGAAGCAACUUGUCUCAGGUUCUAUGUCACCUUUUGGCAUUCUCAUCAUCUGCUUUCCAUUUUGUUAUCAUAAAGCACAUUCAUUGUAAUUAGUUUGUAUGAUUAACAAGCAUAUACUGUUCAUGACUACUCCAUAGCUGAUUUUUGAUAUUGUGACAGCAUGGUAUUAGUCCAACUGUGACUACUGAAACUGCUCUACAUCAGUGCUGUACAUAGGAUGGCAUAUUCUGGCAAAAUGCCAUGCAUAUGAACAUGCUUAUACACUUAAACAUUGCACUGCACACACACAUGGUCCCAUACACACAUGUACAGGUAUGCACAGGCACGCACACAUACACACACAAACACACACACACCCAGUGCUGUUACAUUUGCUGGUCACAAGGUUUCAUUCAAAGAUUUGUUUUAUUGGUAGUUACUUAUUGUUGCUAAUACUAUUCUUAUUACUUAUAUGUUGUAAAUACAUGACACAUUAGCCAAAUGUGUGAACAUUUCAUUUUCUACACUGUGAAAACCAUGUUUCUGUUGUUGCAUAAACCUGGUUGUCUAUUCUAUUAGGUAUAUAUGGAUAAAGACAAUUAAGUGAAUAAUUAAACUGAAAAAAUAGAAUGUCAGUUUAUGGCCCUAAAAGGAAGGACUUGCUUGUAUGUAUUUUUUUUAUUAUUGGUUCCCUUUCUUUAUUUUCUUCCAUUGUUCAUUUUAUUUAUUUAUUUUGGGCAGGGGGAGUUAGUGAAAUGUUUUUGUUGAACAUGCAUGAAUGGCAAUGUCAACCAGAGCUGGCAUAAGCUAUUGGUAAAUGGCAAUAUAAACAGUUGCUUAAUGGCACAGUCAAAAUGUUAUUUUCCUCCACUAUCCUUUAUUGGUAUUUGAAUAAUUCAAUUAGAAAUCCAAACAGAGCACCCAUAACAAUAUUCAAUUACACUGUAGGAAUCUCCAUAACAAUGGCCCAAGUCUGUUCGAAGAGCCAGAUGUCUUAUGGCUGCAUGUUCCACAGGAGAAGUACAGCACAGUACAGUAUGUUCAAGGGAGGUUUAUUUGCUUUGAAUUAAAGACAAAUUGAUUCACAUGA